UAAACAUUAACCAGUCAGAAUUUUCAAGAACUGCUUAAAAAUCUAUCCAGUCACCCAAAUCAGUCAGUUAGCUGCUAAGUCACCAAGCGAUCAACACUAAGGGGCAACUUGGACAAUUACUGUCUCCAAGUAGAAGAUAAUUUUACAGCUGAAAGUAAAAUUUGAAAAUUAUAACCCAAAACUGAUUUCAAGAUGGCAUCUUUUCUGGAAUCUCCCUCAUCUAUUAUAAUGAGAUGUUGUAUAUUAGUUACCAUGGUUCACUCUCUUUUUGCCUGUAUGUGUCAACCUUCUCAUCCUCAGCAAAGAUACUGCAAAGCAAACUUUGUGUUAACAGGACAUAUAUUGGAAAAGAACCCAAUAGAUGAUAUUCAACUGAGAGGGCGCUUUGGUCAAUUUGAGUAUGUUGUCAAUGUGGAUAAGAUCUUCAAGGAGACUGAAAAUCUGAGGAAAGGUGCAUCAGGGUUUCCACUGUCAAUCUUAACAUCACCAGGAGAUAGCCUUUGUGGUCCAAAGUCACUCAAAAUAGGAUCAAAGUAUCUUAUAACUGGUAGUGUUGUUGAUGGUGAGCUUCACAUUAGUUCAUGUGAUUGGAUUGAGGAAUGGAGAGAUAUAACACAACAUCAGAAGAAAGGAAUCAAACAUUUCUACAAUGCAUACUGCUCUCAAUGCACAAUCCAGUCUACGAUGGGUAGAUGGAGACAGACCGGUGAAGGAUCAUCAGGUGGAUGUAUCUAUGAUCCUUCUCCUAGCAUGGUAGAUGGUGUAGAGGAUUGCCAAGCCCUAUAUGCAACAUGUAUCAACCAGCAAGGAGAGGGGUGUCAAUGGUAUCAUCGUGGUAAUGAUUACCAAGACUGCAUCAAUAGAAACAAACCUUACUACCAAGGAGUUGAGACUAUGCAGAGUGUAAGCUUCCCUAUCAUGGAUGAUGAUGUCAUGACAUAAGACCGACAUGGUGUGGAGGCUAAAUAGGACAACUAAACUACCACUACUGUAUCAAGAUGAACUGACAUCUGUAACAGGGGUUAAGCCGUUGCCUACUGGAACUAGGUAGUACCUGUACAAAGUCUAUGAGAACGUACAGAAUUCAGCAGUCAAUGGGCUGCAGACAAAGAGUGUUGAUUCUUGCAUUAUGGACAAUGGGAUCCAUUGCCAAUGGGAACCUGGAAAUGCCAGUGUAGAUUUAACAGGAAUGAAGGAACACAAGCAAUGGGUAGUCUGGAAUUCUGUUGUUCUCCUUAGUCAACAAGUGUGUAAAGCACUCUAAAUACCAACACAGAGGUUGAUUUGAUUGGAUAUGUUUUAGUUGUUUAUGUUUAUUUAACAAAUGUACAGAGAUUGUGUUUUGUUGUUUCUUUUUCCACUGAUAUUUUCCUUGAAAAACAUUGAAAUAUGAAUUGAAGUCGGAGCUUGUCAGGCU